UUCAAAUUUGAUUGAGUAUGUUUAUCUUUAUUUCUUGCAAAUAAUUAAUUAUUCCUAUCCGUAAUUUAAAAAGCAAUUACAAUUACAAUUAAAUUCAUAGUUUGAUUAUAAUUAUAGUAUUAGUAAAGUAAAAUUAGUACGUUAAAACAAUUCAGGCGCAGUAAGGUUGUAGCAAAUUUGAAUAUCAGUUCCACGGAGUUGGUACCAUAUCGCACGUGAAUCUAGAGUAAUGGUAUAUCUUUUUGGGAUGGGCUCCCGCUAAAAACAUAAAUAAUUUCGAUUAAUAAUUAAUGUCGUUUAUUAUAAUUACGAAGUUUCGUUAAGUUUAGAUAUUACGAGUUGGAGUAAAUUUCGAGGUGGAGGCGAUUUCGAGUUGAAAGACAUUUUCAAUAAAUACUUUUUACUUAAUUUCAAAAAUUGAUUUCGAUUUGCAAUCAUCUAGAGAUGAAUCGAUAGUUUGAAAUUAUUUUACCAUGCAUGCGCAUUGAAAUAUUUGCGCUUAAUCACAGGAUAUUUCGCACUUUUCAGUAGUCGUUUUUGUUCCAAAUUUAUGGCUCUACUGUAUAACCGAACAGCAUUGAUUCAUAUUUGGUUGAUUAUAUUAAUAUAUAUUUGUAUAUAGGUUUAUACAAUGUCACGCUCUAUCGAAAUGUUUUAAAAGUCGUAAAUGAAAAUAGUUAAGGUAACCUUGUUUAGAAAAUCUCAUAGAAUCCAGUAGAUUCUCAUAAAUUCCUAUAGAGAUUUUAUAAGAAUGAAUGAGUUCUAUGAGAAGUGCUAUAGUUAAGUAUAGGGCCUUAUGCAUACAGCUAUAAGAACCUAUCGGAUUUUGUAAGCAGGGAAUAGACCUAAUACCCACUUAGGGAACUAGUACUUGAUCACUCCAUGUAUUUGUGUAUAUAUAUUUAGUAAAAGUAAGUGAAUAUAGAUAUACAAUUAUAUGAGUGAUCGGGUACUAGUUCCCUGAUUGGGUACUGGGCCUUACAAUUUAUAUUCGAAUACGGUUUAUUAGUGCGGUAAUACUAUACAGUGAUUUACUGUUAGUUGAUGAUGCAAAAUGAUUUAAAUAAAUAUGUACCUAUCUGGGAAUAGGUUAGUGUUCGUUUGUUUUAGCCUACCAAGGUUGUUCUGUUUAGUCAAUUAGUUAAUAGCCUGUCGUCUGGGGCCUCUCUUGUUAAGUGUCAUAUGUCACUGCUUCGAUAAUAAUACUCGAUCUCCCUUAUCACCUACAAGACAGACGACCAAGCCCUAAGCUAAGUAAUUGGUCUGUAUGCUCUAUCUAGGUACUAUAGUUCACUUAAUUAUUAGUGAACAUACAUUACUUGUAUAUUUAGCAACAAGGGUGUUCACACAAUCUGACUUUUCUAGGAUAAGUUUUCACUGAUGAAUAACCAUUUUUAAGAAAGACACGCAGUGUCAGCAAUGCUUCAUGCUAGGAAUGAGCUAUCAGGUUUCUCUGAUUUUUUGUUUAUUUUAAACAUCAACUAAUUAUUCUAGUCAAAAUUUAAGCCGGGGUAAGAAAAGUAAAAACCAAUUUUCUUGAUGAUUCGUUAGGUUUAUUGAACUUAGCAAAGCAUUAUCAAUUAAUUAAUAGCCCAUGGUCUAGUGGUGAAAUCAUUUAUAAUCUACGAAAUGUGUCAUACCGCAAAUUGAUACUAAUCGGUUCUUGUCCCCAGCAACUCAUGGAGUCUAGACAACUAAUUGAGCUAAUAAUUGAUUGUGUGGAUACUAGACGGUACAAAAGCCUAAUGUCCAGAAGAGGGUGGUUUUAAUUCUUACCGGACACUGUAACUUACCUGACGUACUGAAGCGAAAUAAAGUUUGCGGAAACUUAUUACGACUCUUCAAAAAGUUAUAUUAUAGUAAUUAUCAGCGAAAAAUGGGGUGCAGCAACUCAGCGCCUCUUGAUCGUAAGACAUUUACGAAGCUAAUGAGGCACAAGAAUAUUACCGAAAUACUUAGAAAGGAGUAUCAGCAAGCCAGGUGCGAAGGGAGAAACUUGGAUAGCAGUUUUAAAGCAUGCCAAAAAAAAGAAAAUAAAUCAAAAAACAGAGAAGAAAACAUGCUGUGCUAUGACCACAACAGAGUAAUUCUACCCAUCGAAGACAACGCAGGAGAUUACAUCAACGCAAAUUAUGUCGACGGCUGGAAGCAGAAGGGGAAAUUCAUAUGCACCCAGGGCCCUUUGAAGAAUACUGCUGCUGACUUCUGGAGGCUCAUCAUGAUGCAUAGGACACGGAUCAUCGUCAUGCUGAGUAAAAAUAGUGACAAAGAGUGUUACGAGUAUUGGGACAUUUGUGAAGGAGGUGUAAAAAGUGUUAAAAACUUUAAAAUUGAAACAGUGAAAGUAAUGGCUUACCCGAAUUACAAUGUAACGAUCCUCAAUGUAAGUGAUGGGGGUAAAGAACCCCUUGAAGUGAUACAUUUUGCUUGUAUAGAUUGGUCAGACUUUUGCAGUGUCGAUGGUGUGAUUGACUUUUUCAACUUUUUAUUUGAUGUAAAACUCACCUACAGAGGAGUUAAAAAAGAGUUGUUAGAUAAAACUUCUUCGAUUUGUGUACCGCCUAUAGUUGUCCAUUGCAGCUCUGGUCUUAGUGCAACUGCAGUAUUUUGUGCAAUGGAUAUUUCUAUGUCAGAAUACCUUGCAACCGGCACAAUUUCAUUGCAACAAACUGCAAUUAAUAUUUGUAAACAGAGAUAUAAUAGUUUUUUUUCUGUAAAUGAUUAUAUAUUUUAUAAUCUCCUAAUGUUUCGUUGUGUUACAUUACUUUCUGUAGAAAAAUAUAAUGUACGAAAACCCAUUGUAAAUUAGUUUUAAAAGUGUAAAUUUUUAUAUGUAAUUAAAAUUGAAUUUUUUACUUACAUUUAUAGUGUCUACUUAUUUUACCUCUUAUCCUUAUCCUCUUACCCUCUAAAGUUUUCAACUCUGAAACUCAGAAUUAAAUCAAGAUCCGUCUAACAAUAUAUAAAACCUGCAUAGAUAUCGUAUCUCAAAUCCCAAGGGCGGAAUGCAUCGCCGUGAUCUUUUAUGGGGCUUUUAAUUUCGAUUGUUUUCAUGACUGCAAUUGUAUCGCCUGUGAAACAGUGUGGCACUUAGUAUGAUAUCCUUACUCUCUUACCCUAUUACACUUACACCCUCUAUAGUUUUAAAUUCUGAAACUCAGAAUAAAAUCUAUCCCUGUCUAAAAAUAAAUCAAACUUGCAUAAAUAUCAUAUCUCAAAUCCCAAGGGCGGAAUGCAUCGCCGUGAUCUUUUAUGGGGCUUUUAAUUUCGAUUGUUUUCAUGACUGUAAUUGUAUCGCCGGUGAAAGAGUGUCCCUGUUUAGAAAAUCUUAUAGAAUCCAAUAGCUUCUUAUAAAUUCCCAUAGACAUUUUAUAAGAAUAAAUAAGUUC